AUGUUCUUAAGGUGAAUACAAUUUCUACCAAUGUUCUCAUUAAGGAUUGUCCUUAAUUUCCAAGCUGGACUUGGAGUCCUGGCCAAUAUGUUUCUCCUUGCUUUUUAUACUUUCAUAAUUCUAUGUCACAGACCUAAAACCACGGACAUGAUCUCCUGUCACCUGACCUUCAUCCACAUAGUGCUGCUCCUCACUGGAAGUGAUAUUUGGCUUUGGAACAUAUUUGAUUCACUAAACAUUGAUAAUGACUUUAAAUGUAAGACAACUUUUUACAUAAGCAGGGUGAUGAGAGGCCUCUCCAUCUGUAUCACCUGCCUCCUGAGUGUGUUCCAGGCUGUCACUAUCAGUCCUAAUACCUCUUUGUUGGCAACAUUUAAAUAUAAACUAAAAAAGUACAUGAUUUCUGCUUUCUUAUUUAUUUGGUCUUUCAACUUGUCAUUCACUAGUCACCGAAUAAUCUAUUCUGGUGCUUUUACCAAUGUGAGUGAGACCAAACAGAUGAAGAUUACUAAAUUCAGCUCACUCUUCUCCAUGAACUACAUCAUCAGGGCACUGAUUUUAACAGUGGCAACCUCCAGAGAUGUAUUUUUUGUAGGAGUUAUGUUGACGGCAAGUGCAUAUAUGGUUAUUAUCUUGUUCCGACACCAGAAGCAAUGCAAGCAUCUUCACAGCCUCAGCCACCUAAGAACAUUCCCUGAGAACAGGGCCACCCAGACCAUCUUGCUGCUGGUGGUUUGCUUUGUGGUCACGUACUGGGUAGAUUUCAUCAUUUCAUCCAGUGCAGCUCUGUUAUGGAUGUACGACCCAGUCAUCUUGAGUGUUCAGAAGUUUGUGAUUAAUGUCUAUCCCACAAUUACUCCUUUGGUACAAAUCAGUUCUGAUAACAGAAUAAUCAAUAUGCUGAAAUACAUGCAGUCUGUGUGCCACCAUAUUUUUAAAAAGAGAUAA